AUGCAUACACUGCUAUUGAAACUGUGGAGUCCGAUCAAUAUUUUGCAAGCGGUGAGUUUUUUUUUAAAUCUUGACUGAACCUAGGGUAUCUGAUGAGCUUAGUGCAUUAAUGAUUUUAACCCACUCUAGUUAGCUUUAGAUUCUUGGUUAAGCCUGAAUUUCAGUAUGAAAUUUAUGACGUCAUAGCUAAAAAUAAAAAUUUUAUCUCGUAAAGUCCAUAAUAACACAAUCAUAAUUUUCUUAUUCGUCAUUUUUACAGUAUUCCAAAAUUUAUUAAACCCUAUAAUUUUCCCUCCAUUUCAAACUAUAAACACGUCCAUUUCUGACAUCAAAAAAACACUGAUUGUUAACAUAAAUUUUUUUUUAUGACAAUUUUAUUUUUCUGCAGAACGAGUUGCAAUAUUACAUCGGAAAGUGCAUGUACAUUUUGGAGGUUUUGGUUUACUAUGGACUUUUUAUGUCGGAAAUUGAUUUUAUUCGAGUUUCCAGCCAUGUCAGAAAUUUGAUCCGACGAUUUCAAAACAUCAGAAAUCAACAUCAGUAUCUGGUAUUUUUUUUAAAAAAAGUAUAAAUUGAAUAUGAGUAAUAGAAUUGAUUUUUUUUUUCAGAGCGAAGUUCAUUAUUUGAAACAAGAUAUGAAUUAUUUGUGGUGUCAAUUCUUCAAUCCUAACCUUGUUCGUUAA